UCCUCUGAUCUCUGGUCGAUGGAUUUAUCACUGACAAGACAACAAUAUUUUAGCUAGAAAAUCGAGUGAAGCAUGGGAGACUGGAGCUUUCUGGGGCGGCUGCUGGAGAACGCCCAGGAACACUCCACUGUGAUUGGAAAGGUUUGGCUGACUGUCCUCUUCAUCUUCCGCAUCUUGGUGCUGGGCGCAGCCGCUGAGGAGGUCUGGGGAGACGAGCAGUCGGACUUCAACUGUAACACGCAGCAGCCCGGUUGCGAGAACGUUUGCUACGACGAGGCCUUCCCCAUCUCCCACAUCCGCUUCUGGGUGCUGCAGAUCAUCUUUGUGUCCACGCCCACCCUGAUCUACCUGGGCCAUGUGCUGCACAUUGUCCGCAUGGAGGAGAAGAGGAGGGAGCGGGAGGAGGAGCUCCGGAAGUCCAGACGACACCAGGAAGACCACGACCCCCUCUAUCACAAUGGAGUCGGCAACGGAGGAGGCGGCGGGAAGAAGGAAAGGCCACCAAUUCGCGAUGAGCACGGGAAGAUCCGGAUCCGCGGGGCGUUACUAAGGACGUACAUCUUCAACAUCAUCUUCAAAACUCUGUUUGAGGUGGGCUUCAUCCUGGGACAGUACUUCCUCUAUGGCUUCCACCUGAGGCCGCUCUACAAAUGUGGCCGCUGGCCCUGCCCCAACACGGUGGACUGCUUCAUCUCCAGGCCCACUGAAAAGACCAUCUUCAUCAUCUUCAUGCUGGUGGUUGCCUGCGUCUCUCUGGUCCUCAACCUGCUCGAGAUCUACCACCUGGGCUGGAAGAAGGUCAAGCAGGGGGUCAGCAACGAGUUUGCGCCCGACGGCGAGUCCCUGCUGCUGGGUGCGGACGAGCCCGGCGACGCGGAGACCAUUCCUGAGCAGAACUGCCCAACGGUGCUCGACUGUUUGCCGGCGUACGCCAGUGUGCGCGUGGUGGCGGGUGGAGCAGCGGAGGGAGGAGCCUACAGUCCAACAGAAGUGAUGUCGUUGAACCCGAGCAUGGCCACCGCUCCUGAGCUCAAGAUGGAUGGCACGGCGUUCCACCCAGAUGACUUCCUGUUGGAGGGCCUGCCCACGUCGUUUUACCGCGGCGGCGACAGAGUGAGUGUUGGAAGCCAAGGGCGGCUGACUGCAAUGGAGCAGAACUGGAACAACAUGGCACUGGAGCUCCACAAUCUGAAUGGGAAAAACUCCUCCUACCCUCCUCCUCUUCCCUCUCCUCCCGCCUCCGCCUCCUCCUCCUCCUCCCCCCAGGAGGAGACGACUCCGCCACCUCCAGAAGAGCAGCAUCACUCAAUGUGUCCCACUCUUCCUCGUAACACCCCGCUCUCCCCACUCAUGCCGAAGGAGACGGUGGGAGAGGAAAACACUGACGCCUCAGCGCCCUGCAAGGUCCCGCGCGACGACUUCACCGUGGUCACCAGGGCGGAGAUGCACCAGCCUCCACGUGCCGCGGCGACGGACAUCCGGAAGCCACGUCGGGCCAGCAAGAGCAGCGGCGUCCGAGCUCGCCCGGAUGACCUGGCGGUGUAGCUACGACACGCACUCACUCAUUUACACAACCGUACACAGACACACACAUAGAAACCCACAUAUGCAGUUUCUUCAAGCACAACUUCCAGCAAAGGACUGAUGCUCUGCGAGGCAGAGAUUCAGCUGCUCGUUUUAACCCCCGACUCAUGAAGCAGAAAUAGAGACAGAUCGCAUUGAGGGCCCUCUCCGAAUUUGAAACAUUUACCAACAAUUUAAAGCAUCAAGCAUCCACCACAAAACGAAAACAAAAUAUGAUUGUAGAGGCUGGCACAACGCCCCAGGGGGAGAUGUUAAUACUUAAUAAUAUACUCAACUGUUAUGAUUAGAAGGGAGGAAAGAAGGCCACGUUCAGGUUGAGGAAGGUUAAGUAGAACAACACAAUUUUGCAUCAUCAAUGAGAUGUUUGUUUUUGAUUGAGUCUUAAAGACUAUCAAAGGAAAUUAAAAAGGGAGGCUAAUAUUGUACAUACACAUACAAUUUUUAAUUUGUAUGUGACAUGGGGAGGAAAUGAAGGAAUUAAGAGCCAACAUGGCUGCCACUCUCUGUUCUGCUCUCUCUCUCUCUCUCUGUUAAUAAAGGAGUUGCAGGGAAGGUAUACAGGCCCAUGAAAUGGGAAUCACAA